GGGGCUGACGUGUCGGCGGGCGGCGGCGGUAGCGGCAGCAUGUCGAAGGUCACCUUUAAAGUGACGCUCACCUCCGACCCGCGGCUGCCCUACAAAGUGCUAAGUGUGCCCGAAAGUACACCUUUCACAGCUGUGUUGAAGUUUGCUGCUGAGGAAUUCAAAGUUCCUGCAGCAACAAGUGCCAUUAUAACAAAUGAUGGAAUAGGAAUAAACCCUGCACAGACAGCAGGAAAUGUAUUUCUAAAGCACGGUUCAGAUCUACGGAUUAUUCCCAGAGAUAGAGUUGGAAGCUCUUAAUGUCUACUGAAAUCUUCUGGAAUAAGUAACAUUGCCAUGUAGCUAAGGUCUAUUUAUUUUGGAACUCUGCAUUGUGACUAAAGAAUUGGCCUUCUUAAAGCUACAAACAUGACUUGCCAAGAUCCAAUCUUUUUUUUGACACACAGAUAAGGUCUCAUUUUCUUGUUAAAACAUAAUAAAUCAUGCACUGGUUAUUUCUUUACUGUUAUUUUUCAAUGGGCUGAUCCCAUUGAAAAAAAGGUGGAUGUCUCUAAAGUUGUUUAUUACUGAAACUGCAAGAGUAAACACUCAACCACAAUAAGUAAUUAUUUAAAAUAUUACAUAUUGUCAAACUUACUUUAUGGAAGGGGGUACUUGUUACAGAGAAAUUGUUCUACUGAGUGUUGGAAGGUUUAGCUUUAUUCAUUCUUUCUUUUUUCUUUUGAUAAAAUUCCACGUUGAGAGGAGAAGUUUUACCACAAUUUGAGUAUUUAACCCAAAUAGAAUGAAAAAGUUAAGUGGUUUAUUAUUGAAAUAAGUAAGUAACUGCCAAAUGUUCCAAAGUAAAUGUAAGAUUUAAUUGCUGAAAACAUUUUAGAUGAAAGAAAAUACAGAGGUACCUAUACGUUAACUUCAUAAAACAUCAAAUGAAGUUUUAAUUCAAAUGCAAUUUGAGAGAAUUUGUGAGACAUAAUCUCAAAAUGCCAUGGAAGACCUGGCGAAAUUUGGGAAUGUAUAAGUACUGAUCAAAUCUGUCAUUCCUUUUUCUAUAAAUACUGGAUCUUUGUAAAAGUUCUGUUUCUGCGUGUUUCAAGGGAACCGUAGUUCACCGAAAUGUUUGUGUUCAGAUAAUAUGCUUUUUGUUUAUCAAUUGCCUGAGGUAAAUUAUCAGUCGUGCAUUUUAUUUAGAGAAAUUGCUGCUUUUCUUGAACUGAUCAUACUGCUUUGUGAUUUAAUCUGUUUGGCCAAGUCUUACCCUGUUGCAUUUUAUGUGUCUUACUGAGUUUACAGGAAGUAGAACAAUGGGCAGUGCAGUGCUUGGUUUAAUGAGAAUCGUCACAAAUACAACUUUACUCUGCAAUAAUUCUCCAGAAGGAUGCUCAGAUUUUGUUUGAAAUAGUGUACAGAAUGCCCUAAUGAGUGGAUAUGAAUUCAGUAUGUAGAAGAAAACUUUUUGAAAGUGAUAUUUGACUUAAAAUUUUCCACCUCUAAGAUGGAUUGUAAAAUUCUGCAUUUUCCUUUGUUUUAAUAAACAAUAUGAAAAAAAUAGAAAUGUUCCUUUCUCAUUUUCUCAGUUCAAUUUUGACAGUAAUUAAAAAUUGUGCCCUUUGACCUUCUUAAUUAAGAUACACUGAGGUUAAGUUGAAGCCGGAAGAUUCUUACUAUGCAGAAUUCUAUACAGCACUGAUUUUAAGGUAUAGUGUAUAGCUUCUAUUAAUCUAAUUAGAAUGAGCUACAUCAAUGGCUUUUAACUUUCUCUGCAAAUCUGUUGAUAACCUGAAAAAGAAUGUAACAAAUAGGAAGCUUUCUUUCAUGUCUCAAGGUACAAUAUAGUUUUCAAAAGGUCAUCAGGGCCUUUUCAAAGGCAUUUUGAAACUGAGGUGCCUUGUUUUUGAAAUGAAGGGUAGGUAAAAAUAAUUUCAGAUGAUUGCUUACUAUUGAUAAUAAGCUUUUAUUACACUGUUACUUUGUUAAUAGCACAAUGUGAACUAUUUGUUUGAGGUGUUGUGUGGCAACAUAGUUUGUGUAAUAUGCAAAUGAUCUGUCCAUUUAGAAGAAUAAAUUAUCUUUGUAAUA